UUGGGUAGUUCCGUGCGAUAUAAUUCAAUGACUUCUAGUGGAUUUGCUAUGAACGUGUAUGCAUUGUUUACAUCUCGCGUUAAAUGUCAAAACAAACGUCGUCGUAAAUAACACUUAAAAGAAUUUACAUUUUUCUUUAAAAUAAAUCUUAAUUUAAUGAUUUUUGACUAUUUGAAGAACGUGUGACGAACGAGCUUCUAAGUUACCAAAAAUGGCAGAACUGAAAACAGAUGAUUCCGAAGUGAAAGAGGGAAAUAUCGGUCCGGAGGAGAGUACAGUGAUCUACAAAACGAUAUUCAUACAGGAAGAAUCCGAGCUAAUAAAUGGUGAUCUUUUAGCAGACGAAGAUAUUAAGCAAGAAAUCAUAGAGUUGGGAGAGUACGAACUGAAUGUUCCCGCCGUUGAACCAGCGCAAGAGGCCACCGUGUCAAAUGAAUCUUCAGUGUCCAAGGAACCCGUAAUAAUGUUGGAAAAACGGCUGAGACAUCCUAGGAAUAUGCCGUACCCAAGGAAGGAAUGCGAGCAUUGUGGUAAAACGUUCGCCUUCCAAUACAAUCUGGCCGUGCACCGGGUCAAGGAACACGGAAGUACGGAAACACCUACGAAAAUUUGUUUACCACCAAAGACUUCGUUGCCGCCAAACCUCCGCUGCGACCAGUGUGGUAAAUUGUACCAUCAUAAGGCUAAUCUCGCGAAACACAAAGCUAAAGUUCACGGCAUUGGAGAAGCCCCACCAAAAAGUUUUGUUCACACCUGCAAGCACUGUAAAAAGCAGCUAACAUCGUGGAAAUCUUUGGUCGAACACCUGAAGUUCAUUCACGGAGAAAUCAUCGACCCGACGCAGAUUGCUCUAUGUCCAUUGUGCCUCAAGAGAUUUACUACGGCCGAGGAAUUGUCGGGGCAUUCUUGCAGCAGGAGAAAUCAAGGGGAAAUGGAUCUUCCAUUCAAGUGCGACUUGUGCGAUAAAGCUUAUUCCGGCCAAACAAGUUUGUAUGCCCAUUAUUCCGUUCAUCCGGAAUACCACAACUUUAAAUGCGAUCAAUGCCCGAGCGGAUUCUUCAACAAAACGCGACUCAACAUCCACAAAAAGGCAUUACACGUAUCAAAAGACGAUUACCUUGAGUGUAACAUCUGUAACAUGCGCUACAAAAACCAACAAGUAUUGAGAUAUCACCAGAAACUUCACGCCAUUCGUGCAUACUGUUGUGAAUUUUGUGGCAAAAGCUUCGAGACUCGUGAAAGACUCCGAGCGCAUCAAUACAAUAAACACGCGAUUCAGGACGCGCUGCCAUACAAAUGCUCCUUUCCUAAGUGUGAUAAAAGCUUCCUCUACAACUGCCAGCUCAAAUCGCACGAGCAAUGCCACAUGAAUAAGAAGAGUCCGCUGUAUGUACAGCGGGAUCCUGAAUGAUUAUAAUGCGUCAUGGCUUUUUAUGAUUUUGAAUAAAAUUUCACUUGAUUUGGAAUGAAUAAAAGCAGUUUAAACUAUUAAAUAACUACGUUUUAUGAGUGUUAUACCCUCAUUGUCAUUGUUUUUAUAUUGUUGAAAAAAAAUCUAUGCUCAGAACGAUUUGUACGGGUCGCAUCAUCAUCGUCUAAAGAUUAAACCAGACCAAUUUCCUUAUUCUGACAAUAUUUCCGAUUUUUGGCACUUGUGGCGGUAACCUAAUCCAACAUCUACAAACUGACAUGGCGGGCGUCGUUGGUGACCAAAAGCUGUUAACCUUCCUAUUUGCGGCGUGUUCUAGCGUGCUGCUCGUACUGACUCAGAGCAAGGGUGGAUGUAGGUGUAAGGGCAGUGCGUGUUCGUCGGGAACCUGGUGCAUAAGAUCGGUCAAGGCCCGUUCUUACACUGAAAAUUGCGAAUUGCGAAUUAACAAGAGAAGGGAAAAUUCUUAUAUAAAAUCCCAUUACUUUGAUGAAAGAUCGCGUAUUUUUAAAGAAGAGAAAACCUCAAAAAAGUACACAUUUUACAUUGAAUUUCUGAAAAGCUUUUUAUUUUCUUAAGGUUUGCCCUACUUUGAAUACCUACUAAAAAUUGGUAGAAUUUAUUCACAAAAGUCAACUGACUAACAAAAGAAGGAAAAAUUAUUAAGUAACAACACAUUGAAAGAAUGUUAAAAAGAUCUAAUAACUAUCGCUCUACAUUGUUACAUCUCGUGGUGGUUGAUAAAGUAUUGUUUCAAUAGUCAACGCUAACAUCUAAUGUUAGUGUCCGAAAAUUUUACUUUCUUUUUAUCAUUCAUGUAUUUAUAUUCAUAUCUAGAGUUUUUUUUUUUUUGAAUAGGUCCUAUAAACAUAUGGA